AAAGCCACCUCCAUCAGCUUCCGCUCCCCCUCCCUUGACGUCGCUUCUCAGAAUCGACCUGAGGCCGGAGCAAGUUGAGAACGAGAAGAAAGGGGAGACCAAAGCGUGAAGAGGCAAAAGCUGUCAGGCUUUUCCAAUUGACCUGCCUCUCCAUUCCCUCAAGGACCCAAGCGUCUCCCAGGAGCUAAGCGGCGUUUCCGCUUUACGCGAAGGACCCCAAGAAUGGGCAGCAAGAAGAGGAAGAGGAAGGAGGAGCGACCCACUAUUCAUCCCAGGAACAAGUACUCAGAGAACCCUCCAGACUUUGCUCAAUUAGCUUCUCUCUACCCAACCUUCCAACCUUUUGUCUACUACUCCCAUGACGGUCGUCCCAACAUUGAUUGGACCGACUUUAACGCCACCCGAGAACUCACCCGCGUUUUGCUUCUCCAUGAUCAUUCUCUUAACUGGUGGAUUCCCGAUGGUCAGCUCUGCCCUACUGUACCCAACAGGUCUAACUACAUCCAUUGGGUUGAAGAUCUUCUCUCUUCUGACAUCAUUCCGCAUACCAGUUCAACUGGAGAUAAGGUGAGAGGAUUUGAUAUAGGAACUGGAGCAAACUGCAUUUACCCACUUCUUGGUGCAUCACUUCUUGGCUGGAGUUUUGUAGGGUCAGAUGUUACUGAUGUUGCAAUAGAGUGGGCAAGCAGAAAUGUUCAUAGUAAUCCACAUAUUUCUGAUUUAAUUGAAAUUAGAAAAGCUGAAAGCAAUGAAAAUGCUGUCUCUGUUGAAGCGUGUCAUAAUGGAGAGUUGCUCUGCAAUGAAAGUAAGAUAGAUUUGAGUGGGACAUUUGGUACAGAGGUACCUCUUGAGCCUUCAUUACUACUUGAUUUGCAUCCCAGCUGUAAUAACAAUUAUUAUGGACCACCUAUACUUCUUGGGGUAGUCAGGGGUGAUGAAAAGUUUGAUUUCUGCAUGUGUAAUCCUCCAUUUUUUGAAGCUUUAGAGGCAGCAGGACUUAAUCCAAAAACUUCUUGUGGUGGUUCUCGAGAAGAAAUGGUUUGCCCUGGUGGAGAGAAGGCCUUCAUCACUCGUAUUAUUGAAGAUAGUGCUGCACUUAGACAUUCUUUCCGUUGGUACACUUCAAUGGUUGGGAGAAAAUCAAACCUUAAAUACCUUAUAUCAAAACUUUGGGCAAAUGGAGUGACCAUAGUGAGGACAACUGAAUUUGUUCAAGGCAAGACAUGCCGAUGGGGGCUUGCUUGGUCUUUCUUGCCUCCAAUGCAGAAGAAGAUAUCAACCUCCCUUCCUGAGAAGACUAACAUGUCUUUUAUGCUUGAGUGUAUUCAACGCCAUCAUGGGGCCAUACAUGUGUUGCAAGCUGUCGAGUCCUACUUUACGUUGCACAGCUUGCCCUGUACACUGAAUUCCUCCUCUUUCACAGUGGAUGUUGAGGCAUCAAAAGAUGAGUGUGAUUCAAUCUUGAAGAAUGAGUUGCCAUUUAUUCAUGAAUGCGCCCAAUCUGAAUCUGGGAGAGCAACAUCUGAUGGAUCAAGUUAUGGCAACACUAGUCAUGAUAAAUUAUGCUUCCGUGUUUCGGUUUUCCAGCAAAUUCCUGGGACGCUACUGGUGAAAGGUUCAUUGCAACAAAAGAGUAGCGCACUAUCAGGGGCAUUCUCUUUGAUAUUUCAAAAAAUGGAGGAAGAUUUGCGGGGUAAAUUUUGUAUAGAUAGAAGAUCAGCUUAGGAUUUGGUUGAGUCUUUAGCAACAGGAAGUCGCAGGGUUACUGCAUUAGAGUGGAGUAGAUACUUGGUUAUAUUUCAUUGUUUUUGGACAGAAGUGUCAUUUCAAUUAUUGGGUUCGGCUUGACGCCUUGUGUUUUGGACUUUGGUUGGAUGGGUGUUGAUUUGUCUAUCGUGCAUUAAUGGCUGGCGGUUUCUUUAUGGAGAUAAUCUUUGCUUUGCUGUAUGGCAUUCAUUGGUUACGUGGCGAGUGGGACUCUGCCAAUCAUUGAAUUUCUGCCUCUUGAAAGCUGGAAAGGGGGAAAAAAAAAAAAUUUCAAUCGUAUUGGGUUUUGAACCUUCUUGGAAGGUAUUUCC